GGAAAGCGUGGCAGCUGCCGGAAGAGCCUUCCCCUUCUUCGUUGUCCGGCUCUGGAGCGAGAGCAAUGACGUAGUUUCCGUUUCCACUACCUCUUCCUCUUCCGGUCCUCGCGGGUGCUGCUCCGGGCUGGUGUUCCACUCCGGCGGUGGUUGUGGAAGGCGCCCGGAGUCAUGGCCAUGUUUGAGCAGAUGAGAGCGAACGUGGGCAAGUUGCUCAAGGGUAUCGACAGGUACAAUCCAGAGAACCUGGCCACCCUGGAGCGCUAUGUGGAGACCCAGGCCAAGGAGAAUGCCUAUGAUCUGGAAGCCAACUUGGCUGUCCUGAAAUUGUACCAGUUCAACCCAGCCUUCUUUCAGACCACCGUCACUGCCCAGAUCCUGUUGAAGGCCCUCACCAACCUGCCCCACACAGACUUCACCCUGUGCAAGUGCAUGAUCGACCAGGCACACCAAGAAGAGCGGCCCAUCAGGCAGAUUUUGUACCUCGGGGACCUGCUGGAGACCUGCCAUUUCCAGGCCUUCUGGCAAGCCCUGGAUGAAAACAUGGACCUCUUGGAAGGUAUAACUGGCUUUGAAGACUCUGUCCGGAAGUUUAUCUGCCACGUCGUGGGCAUCACAUACCAGCACAUUGACCGCUGGUUGCUGGCCGAGAUGCUCGGGGAUCUGACAGACAAUCAGCUAAAGGUGUGGAUGAGCAAGUACGGCUGGAGCGCCGACGAGUCGGGGCAGAUCUUCAUCUGUAGCCAAGAGGAGAGCAUUAAGCCCAAGAACAUUGUGGAAAAGAUUGACUUUGACAGUGUGUCCAGCAUCAUGGCCUCCUCCCAGUGACUGCCAACAUUUAAUAAAGAUGUGUUGACCUAGC